AUGUCAUCAAAACCAGGAAAGCAGCGCUCAAGGCCCCUUCAAAACAAUCCCAAAAAAAUAGGCAAACGACAGGAAAGAAACUCAUCGCCAGGAGAUGAGUAUAGAAGCGAAUUACCUGCCUCUGGAAGCACGAAGCGAAGAAAGAAGGACUCCUAUAAAGAGGAUGCAAGUUACAAAGGGUCAUCUGACAGUGACGAAUCCGAUGUAUCGAAAGAAGUGAAGGCCUUUAGAAAGGAAUUCAAAGAUAUCAAUGAUCAACUAGCCGAAUUUGACGGCGGAAAUUUCCGAUUUAGACCGGCUAUUUUCAAUAUUUUCUUGGAUAACUUGAUGGCUGGUAAAUAUGAAGCACUCCCUAGUAUUAGGGAAAGAAUCGAUAGCAUUAUCAACGGCCAACUAGAGAAGAUCGGAAAUAUAUCUAACCGGCAAGACGAACUAAAC